UGUUUCACGACUAAGAACCUCACGACCACCUGUCUAGCAUCAACAACUCAAACGGCUGCUCUCUUCCUAGAGCCUUUAGCAUGGAGAAAGAGACGACGGCAAAGAUCUCCUUCACUCUUUCCUCAUCCUCGUCUCGCCCCAAUCCCUCCGCGGCCCAAAUCCCGUCUCAAUCCUUCCCUUACCGAGGAGCCGUCACCGCCUCCACCCAAGGAGACCCCGGAGACGAGGGCGAGGAUGGCGUCGCCAAGCCCCAGUUCAUCUCCGUCUUCGACGCAUCCCAAACCCUAGCCGUCUCCCACGACGCCAGGUCCGUCAUCAUCCCUCCCGUCCCGGACGCCAAGACGAAGUGCCCCCUCCCUGUUCCCGCCCCCGAUGACGAUUACAUGCGCUGGAAGUUCAGAGACGACAUGAAGGAUCUUCCCCAAGAUCGUGGGUUGGAUGAGUUUAAGGACAUCAGGGUUGAGGACUUCCCGUUCGCCUAUCUCGCUGGAUAUGGGUGGUCGGAGGGCCAGGUGAUCGGGCGGAACAAGAUGCUGGCAGAUCCCAAGGUCGUUGAACACAAGAGGAGAUAUGGAACUGAAGGGCUCGGGUAUCACAAGAGAAAGAAAGAAACUCGGACCCUGCAACAAGAAGAACAGAUCGGUGGUCUGUGCUUGUCGAACGAGGGUCAGUCUCGAGCAGCUUUCGAGGGCAAUAGGUAAGGAGUUCACAUUGCUGAGUUUAGAUGUUGAGGUAGAGCAGUCCAACAUUAUCUGCACCAAAACACAGCAUGCUGGGGAUUCACUGGAGUUUAGGCAUAAGCAAAUGUUUUCAGUACUCCUUACUAGGUUUGAAAUUCUACAUGUUGAGCUAGUGUAUACAAUGUGGCUUACUGUGUUUAGAUGUAGUAGAAGAUUCUCUCCUUUUUUUUAAAGCACAAAGCACACAGGUAAUUAAUUCACUAUGGUUUAUGCAUUGACGUCUAUUUUCA